UAUCUGUGCUCUUUGUAUAUUGUUCGAGAAUAAUGUGGUUAAGAAAAUAAGAAAUACAAAUUUACGAGGAGAACCUGAAGGCAACAUGAGAUGCGUUCAGGAGCAUUCGGUCUAAAGCGGAUUUGUAUUAUUUGACGUUUUGGUGCGAUGGACGCCCAACCACCGCCAAAGCCGUGGGAACGGCGUAUUCCCGGGACAAUCGGCACGCCUGUAAAUUACAGGUCUUCGGACGUUGGACCUCGUGCAGGCCUGUCGGUGCCUACUGGCCCUCCUGUCCUGACCAGAGUUGCACCGCCAUUGCCUCCUCGUGCCGUCCAGCAGUCAUACCGUCCAGCUUACAGCGCCUUCAACUCUUCCUACAGCCCCUAUGGGAGCUCCAUGUAUGGCGGCGGCUACAGCCCCUACAGCUACAGCGGUGGCUAUGGCCCUGGAGGAUACGGUCGUUUCCCGCGUGCAGACGAAGUUGUCCCCAGUCGGUUUGUGCAACAGGCGGAAGAAAGCAGCCGUGGUGCUUUCCAGUCCAUCGAAAGCAUCGUCCAAGCCUUCGCCUCGGUUAGCAUGAUGCUGGACGCCACGUUUUCAGCUGUCUAUAACAGCUUUCGGGCUGUGCUGGAUGUGGCCAACCACCUGACGAGGUUACGAGCACAUCUCACCAGGGUUUUGUCAGCAUUUGCGCUGGUCCGCACCUUGAGAUACCUCUACCGACGCUUACAGAGACUACUAGGACGGAGGUCAGAUGCUGAGGUUGAGGAUUUAUGGGCAGACAGUGCAAGUGACGCGCUAGCUACUAGUGCACCCAGAGGCCCCACAGCAGCGAUGGACGAUCAGACUGUUAAGUCGUGGCCAAUCUUUUUGUUUUUCGCUGUCGUCCUUGGGGGACCCUACCUCAUUUGGAAACUGCUGCGGUCUGCCACUGGCUCUGAAGACAAGGCCACAAACUGGGCCAGUGGGGAGGACAACCAUGUGGUGGCGAGAGCGGAGUAUGAUUUUUCAGCUUUGUCCGAGGAGGAGAUUUCUUUCCGGGCUGGGGAUAUGCUCAACCUUGCACCUAAAGAGCAACAGCCUCGUGUGCGUGGCUGGCUGCUGGCCAGCCUGGAGGGUCAGACUACAGGCCUCGUCCCAGCCAACUACGUGAAGGUCCUCGGCAAGAGGAAAGGCCACAAGCACGUAGAGAUGGAGAGGCUCGCUGAGGUGCACCAAGGGAACUCGCAAGCCCCCCGAACUGCUGUUGUCGCAAAUCUGAAUCCAUCACCGGAGGAAGUGUUAGAGUCUGUGUACAAAGAAACGCCGACUUCCAACGGCAUGGGACCUUCGGAGUCCAACACAGUGGUUGACAUCCCGCCAAAAACAGACCUGUGAUGUUUUUGAUCGUUUUGUAUGAAAGUUUGUCAGAUAUUAUCACAGUUCUCAGGUUGUCAGUAGGUGUUUGCUGUGCUUCAUUGUUUCUGUUGACUCAACACAUCAAUGUAGAUUUGUGGCAAUGCCUCACUAAGGUUCAUCAUGACUAAUAAUGCUUUUCUGUGCUUGUCUGCUCUAUAGAACCAGUGUGUCUGUCAUUAAAUCAUUUAUAAGGAAAGGUUUGUGUGUAAUCCUAGUGUUUAUCGCCUUUAAAACAAGAUUUCAUCAGAUGGUUGAAUGAUAAACUGUUAUUUUCAUAACUAUAUACAAUAUGUUUGGAAUAAGCAACUAAUUUUGCACAUCCUGAAACAAAUAAAAACAUAUUAUUUUGGAAAAUAAAUGCGUU